AUGAAGUCAUUCAACACCAUACCAUUCCUUAUAAUAUCAAUCUUGACUAUCCUCAACGACAACAACAUCAUCAAAGUCGACGCCUCUCCUACAUCCUACAGAGGUAGAUCGCCGAAAUUACGCGUAAACUUUUCUGGGUUCAACCAGGUAGAAAAGAGACAGAACAAUGGUACUGCAGGAGGGUUUAGUUGGGGACAUGAUCCGAUGAGGGGCGUGAAUAUAGGUGGCUGGUUAGUACUGGAGCCAUGGAUCACACCUUCCUUGUUUCUCGACAAACCCGAUUGGGUAGUAGACGAAUGGACAUACGGCGUAUAUAUGAGUUAUCAGAAUGAUACGAUGGGUGAGAUUAGAAAUCACUGGAAUACAUGGUUCAAAUAUCAGGAAUUGAAAGAUAUCGCUGCAGUAGGGUUGAAUACUAUACGUAUACAGAUUGGAUUUUGGUCCGUCAUACCGCUCCAGAAUGGAGAACCUUAUUUAGUCGGGGCAUAUGACUAUCUCAAACUAGCUGUGACAUGGGCAGCAAGUCUAGGAUUGAAGGUAAUGAUCGACCUGCACGGUGCACCUGGAGGUCAGAACUCAUGGGAUAACUCUGGUAUUCGAGGUGUACGCGAAUGGUUUUAUAAGGAUACGAAUAUCGAACGAACCCUCGACGCAUUAACGAUCAUGACUAGUGAAUUCGUUAAGGAUGAAUAUCAAAAUACAGUCAUAGCUAUUGAAGUAAUGAAUGAACCUUUUCCAAACAACCCUAAUGAGGUGAACAUCCUCAAGAGUUUCUAUCAAGCUGCAUAUAGUAGGAUAAGGGAUAGUGCCCAGGGGAAGAGAGUGACGGUAGCGUUGGAUCAAGCGUACCAGGGUUUGUAUGUUUGGGAAAAUUUCAUGAUGGAUCCUGAUUAUUGGGAUGUAGCUAUGGAUACUCAUAUCUACUCAAUGUUCGAUCUCAAUCUCCUCUCGAUGGGAUACAACGCGAAUCUAGGUUGGUAUUGCAGCCAAGUCGAUUAUCUGAGACAAUCAAAUAACAUACAUUGGACGAUAGUCGGAGAAUGGACUCCUGCGAAUACAGAUUGUGCAUUUUGGUUAAACGGUAAAGGAAGAGGUGCGAGGUACGAUAAUACUCUGAUAACUUCUGAUCCACUGCAAUUUCCAGGCGAUUGUAGUGCGAAAACAGGCUCGGACCCUGCCAAAUUCUCAGCGGAAUACGUCGACUAUCUAGCGAGGAGCUUUGAGAUCCAAUCGUGGGUGUAUGAACAAGCUUCAGGCUACGUCGUAUGGACCUGGAAGACCGAACAAGCUUCUGACUGGUCGAUGCAGACUGGCAUCACAUAUGGAUGGGUACCUAAUCCAAUAACAGCUAAACCUCACGGGUGA